GCCCAGUCUGGCACAGAAGGGAAAAAAAUGGAGACGUGGGGAGUCCGACACGGAGUUUUUUACGUCAACCGCGCGAUGUGGGCGUGAAGGAGAGAGAGAGAGAGAGAGAGAGAGAGAGAGAGAGAGAGAGAGAAACGAGGCAUUACCGCCCUCGCGUAAAACGGGGUGCACCAUUUCACUCCUCUCCGCUUCACCGUGCGCGGAAAAAAGAGGCAACAGGAUAAAGAGAUAUAACAAAAAAUAUAGAGAGUCAGAGAAAGAGAGGGAGAGAGAGAGGGAGAGAGAGAGAGAGAGGGAGAGAGAGAGAAAGUGGUUGAAUUUGGAGGAUCUGUAAAUAAACGGCAAUGUGCAGCAGCAGCAGCAGCGCAGCUGAGUUGUUGUUCUCUCCAGCGAGUAUCUAAAGGCUGGCCGGCGCUCGCCAAUGGUUUUACCUCACAUAGGAUGGGAUUAACUCUGUCCGGAAGAUACAUCUCACUGUUUCUCGCUGUUCAGAUAGCCUAUUUGCUGCAGGCGGUUGGAGCGGCGGGGAAAUGUGACACCGUGUUUAAGGGCUUCUCCAACUGCCUACUUCAGCUGGGAGAGAGCAUGGCCCAAUACCCGCAGGAGCUGGACGAGAAGGACAACCUCCGCACCAUCUGCCUGUACUGGGAUGAUUUCCACUCGUGUGCCACCACCGCGCUGGCGGACUGCCAGGAGGGCGCCACCGAGCUGUGGGAGAAGCUGAAGAAGGAGUCCAGGAGCCUGCAGUUCCGGGGCAGCCUGUUUGAACUGUGUGCAGGAGGGAACGGAGCCCCCAGAGCAGGACCCCCGCUCAGCCUGAGCCUGCUGUUGCCCGCACUGUGUGCCCUGCUCACCAGCCUCUGCGCGCUCUAGACACGGCCGGCAGCAGGAGGAGGAGGAGGAGCAGAAAGAGGAGGAGGAGGAGAAGGAGGACGACUUCAGAGUGCUAGCACCACAAGAAAAAGAAUAAUAAUAAAAAAAUAAUAAUGACGAUCAAAAAGAAAAAGAAAACAGAGAAACCAUCUUCGCCCAAAUGGAUUUAUAUACUUCAUCCGGAGAGGAAGACGACGACCUGUGUGUGUGUUUUUUUUUUUCCUUUGCUAGAGACAAUGGUGACGUCGUCUUCGGGGGGAACUGCUCCAGCAUAUCUGCCUGACCUGGGGUCAAAAAAAGUAAAAAAAAAUCGGUCAUUUUUUGACGGUCCCGCGCUUACAGUAACGGUGGACUUCCAUAGGCCUGUAGUGUUAAAGGCCGCAGUGAAGUAAUCAUCACUGCAGGCCUCUUCAUCUAACGAUCAUGCCUAGAAAUAAUAAGAAAUAAGAGAAAUCCUGAUAUCCUGACACUGCACACAUCAGUCAAAGUCAUUUCGACCAGUAAUCGGAGGCUGAGCCCAUGUUCUCUUCUCUCUAUUCCUUUAUUUUAUUUAUUUAUUUAUUUUUAUUGAAUUUUCUUGGUUUUAGUUGCCAAAUUUAGCGAAGCUAAGCAUGUUGGUACCAUGAAAGCUGGUUUGGACCUGUAAGCAGAUAUCAAACAGCUAGAAUAACACUUACAACGCUAAUAAUAACAACCUCAGGAAUGAACCCAGGCAUUCAGUCGAUGGUGGAAAGUUCCAAUAAGGUAGAAAAAACACGUUAGACGUGAAAUGUAGCGAGAAAAGGAAGAUAGAAGAAGAUGGAGAAGGCUGGUGAAUGAUUUUGACUGUUGACAUUCUGCCAUUUCUUUAUUUGUUUGUUAGUUUCCGGGACUUUGUGUAGGCUAGCAGACCGCGUUUCCUCUGAGCGGUAGGUUUCCGUAGCACGAUCCCAUUCAGGCCGUGUCAGCGCCGGUGUGGACGGAGGGAAAUCUGCUCGAGCUUUGCUGAGAUGUGGCCACGACUCACUGCCUUCAGACCAUGUGGAUUCUGUUCGUUCGUUCGUUCGUUUGUUCGUUCGUUUCUGGGGAUGUUGCAUAUAAAUACCUAAAUAUUCCAAAUACAAUUACAUACGAGUAAAUAAGAGACGUUAUGUGGAAAAAUACUAUAAAGAUUUUGAGAAAAAAAGAGAGAGAGAUACUUUAACCGAACCAGUUUUAAAAACAGAUUGAUAUACAGGUAUAUAAAAGAUUGCUAAACAAAAAAAGCAUAAAAGAGUAUUAAAUAAAAUCAGUUAAUGUUUGAAAAAA